ACGAGCCGCGAAGAGUCACCGAGCUCGCUGUGCGAGAUAUCGACGGCCUCUCUGCUGCCCUUCGCCUGCUGGCUGCUGGGACCCCGCCCACCGUGCCCUCCUCGCCCAUCUGCUUGUCCCUCAGGCGUAUAAAACCGCCGUCGCCCACCUCCAACCCGACCUUUUCCUUGCUGUACUUGCUCACCAUCGUUACCCUGUAGACCCUCGAAAUGUCUCCGUACUAGACACCGGCCGCCCAGCUCUGGCAUGCCCAGUCCAGGCAUCAUCCAUGGCGGCAUUCGCGCUGCCUGAUCCUGCGCAUCCGAUCGCGACAUCGUACUUGGAACGCCCGCUGCCUACUGGGCCCUGUAGCCAUCGCGACGUAGUCGGCACAUGCGGAUGUGAACAAUUCUGGGACGCUGGGAGUGCAGACAUCUAUCAUGGGAGCAACCAAUACCGAUCGGGCAGUCAGCGCUCGACUGUGUGUGUCUGUGGACAUCAUGCCUGCUAUCAUAAGCCUGCCGUCGCAGCGGCUGCCGCGCGUGCACCCCUAUAUGAUGGCCGCUGUCACACACAUUCGGGGACUCAAUGCGACCUUCACAAAGCAGGAGGUAUGCCGCGCGAUCUGAGCCAGCCGCUGAAUAGCCCCCCGCCGCGCACUAUACCCACACAGCUGCUCAUGCGCAACGAAGCCUCACUAGCCAAUGGAUCUCGUGUCGACAAUGGUACGAAGGACCCUCCGUCGCAGCCUAGUUCUUCUGGGCUGCCGCGGAUUCCCUCGAUCUGCCUCAUGUCAAAUGAUCGUUAUCCUGCGGCUAACAGUGCUGCUAGAGACCAAGCCAACCAAUCUCGACAGACAAUUGCGGGACUGGGUCUGUCUAUGCUGAAUGUAGGCGAUGCAGCACGCUCCUUCGAUGGUCAACAAUCCGUUUCGUCCACAGUCCCAGACGAGCUCGAUCUCGGGCAGCCGCUUGAUGGGACACGAGCUGAAAGCAGGCAGCCUUCCGCUGGCCAGAACUCAAUGCGAGGUGAGCAAGGUCAAUCGGAAAAUGCAGCGCUGGGUCCCCUAGAUGCCAUCCUCGAGUUCAACAGAAACUUUCACCUGGAUGUCGGCGGUGAUACGAUUCCGAAUUCGUUCAACCUAGAUGACUUCGUGCAAAGCGCGACCGAGGUGGCCACGCCAAGCAUACGGAACACACCAGACCUGGCAGUGACCGACCAAGCUGUCCAAGAUGGGAAACGAGCCAUCGAAGACCUCAUUCGGAUGACUUCGGGUGCGAGCCAACAGCAUGCCGCUGAUGACAGACCAGCCAGUGCGGCAUCAGCUCCACCUCAGCUUUUGCUCACCAACUCCCCACACACUUCCCAGGAGCAUGUGCAGAACUUCCUCAAAACCGCGUCCCCGCAAUCGCUCCAAAAACUUGUGUCUUACCUACCGUCGUUAUAUAACCUGCUCAACUCCAUACCGAAUGUGGCCAAUGCUUUGAAGGAGCUCAACGACCGGCUAUCACAUCUGGAAAGCAACAAUUCCUUCAACUACGUGCAUCCUGACGAUCUCCAUCAUCAAUUCGACCACGUGGAUGGCAGACUCCUACACUUGGAAUCACGCAUGGAUGAUCACGAUACACUGCAUCAGACCAUUGACGCCGACAACAGUAGUCUUUCAUACAGCCGUCGUCGCAUAGCACCGGUAUCUGGUUCUUUUCAGUCAAUUCGGUCUCUCGAGUCUACCACUUCGUCCGCUCUAAUACUCGCUGCCAUGGAUCGCAAGGAGACCGAGACUGAGAUCAGUGGCAUCAAAGAUCGACUGGACGUACUCGAAACGUUCGCUAUGCCGCCAACUCUGACCAAACCAUGGGAAAUCGAAGUUGUUCUACUGCCGUGGGGUCGCGACCUCAGGGGCAUCUGGUUUUCCCCGGAUGAAUCGAUGCAUGAUCAAUCCAAUCCCACGACGCAGGACUCCGAAGGGUGGACGCAAGCGCGGAGUUCUACACAUAGACAAUCAAGUGCUCCAGUGCCUUUACGCGAGACGGACUCGUCGCCAUAUCCAGCCUCGAGGCAUUCAUCGCGAAGCUCGCACCCGUUCAGCGACACUGAGAGCGGUUGGUCCAGCCAAGCCAUCAGCAAUUGGGCUUCUGGUCUGACAGAGGAGCUGUUGUCGCCCAAGGCAUGUAAAAGCACCAAUCUUGUUCACAAGAGGUUGAGGAGUAGAGGACUCGUCAAAGACGUCACGCUGCACAGCGCCAGCUCGAGAGACAUACAACUGGCACUUGCGCAUGCCUUCAAGGACAUGCUGGAGCAUCUCAAGUAUACCGAUGAAGACGACGAGCCGACAAUCCGAUCAUACCCCGGCUUACGCGCUUCCUUCAUUCCGCUUCGCAAGGUUCGGCACGACUCGAAACUGCAUUUUCUCACGCCAGCGGAGAUGUCGAGCUCUGCGCUUUGGUCUGCCCAGUUCCUUUCUGCAGAUGUCAUCAUGCACGUAACCGGCGGCAAAAAGCGACUCUACGUAACGCAACGCGAAGCGUACGUGCAGUCCCACGAUGAAACGGGGAGUUCUUGGACGUGGCAAGAGCUGCGCGAGUUGCCCCGAUACCGACCUGAAGCCGAUGUCCGAAUGGAAGCCAACGACGGGCAACAUCACCCUCAGGUCGCGGAGGCGGAUGCAAAGGAAGCUUGUUGGACCUACUUCGAAGCCUACGACGCGCCCCCGCGCAGCGUCAACUCUUCAUUCGGCAGCCAUCACUCUGUUGAAUUGUCCAUGCGACCUGCUGAUCGCAGCUGGCGACGAUCGAUAACGCCUGCAUCCAUUCUCAAGAAUCCCAUGCCUCAACCGAUUUCUCCAUUGAGCGAAAAUCACCCUCGGCGUCCAUCUUAUGCUCGCCAGCGUACAGUGUCUGCUUCGGUCUUGGAGCCAGCCAAUGCGUCGUCAUCAAAGCGUCGCAUGGAUGGCUCGCCUGUCAAGCACUCAUCUCAACCGCACAGUCUACGGGCGCCUAGUGCUUCACUUCCGCGAAUGAAACGUCGCAGAGUCUCCAAAUCCACUUCCCCACGCCCAGCUCUCGACGCCGAUGAAAACGCUACAGAUGUACAUGUCACUGCAUGGGCCAACACGCCUCGUCGCUCUCGCGAGCCGUUCUCGCCUUUCUUCUCCUCAGUGGCAGCGCCUCUGCCGCGGACAGCGUCGGACCUCGCCAGUCGGCCCAGUCAACGUUCUUUGGCUGGCACAAGCAAAGGGACACCGUUUGCAUAUGCAACGCCACACUCUGGUCCUUUGGUCGGCGGUCCAGUCUUUGUCGGAGAUGGUGACACCGAAGCGGAUGAAGACUUGUAUCAAGAUGACGAUGGCGAACAAAGUUGGCGCGGCGUUGCGACUGGAGAAGAGGACAACGACUUGAUCGAAGACGUCGAGAUGGGGGCCGAAGAGGAGCUUGCCAGUUUCUCUUUAGGUAGCGUAUCCAGCAUCCAUGACUGCGAUAUAAACAACGAAAGUGACGGCGACAGCGACAGCGACGAGGCUGAUGCCGAUAGCGGGUAUGCUGCCCAACGGACGGACGCUGAAGACGAGGAUGAGGACGACGAUCCGCUUGAUGCGUUGCUCGGCAUCUUGCAAGAUUGAAGAUUCACGACUUCACGAAUUGGGCAAAAAUAGCAAGGCGUUCUGGGUUUUGGAAUCGUUAAUGAGGGAUACCACGAGUUUUCUGGGCAUAUAUGAGGAAAGGCAUUUGGUUAGCGUGGUGCACAUAUUUGGGUAUGAUUGUAACAACAUGGUGUGUGUACGGACGCGGCGACUUCGAUAUCAGCUCACUGUAUUAAGACUGCAUAGCAUAGCAUAGCUACUUCUCCGCUUUUGGUGACGCGAGGCCGUAUGUAGAUGAAUCCGGACCAAGAUCACCUCCACUCGCAUGUGUCAAGCUCUCCGGCAUCUACAGAAUAGAUUCGCGGUCGAGCAUCUAGUUUGAAAAAAGCAGCCCACCAGCGCAAAUGUUCGAUUUCUUCC